AAACCUUCUUUACCUUUUUUAUCAACAAAAUAAAUACUUCUGAUUUUUGGUGGAGAAAUUUAUUAGAGUAAAUAAAGAAUCUUGGGAAUCUAAAAGAGUUAACUUUUUCCAUGGUGUAAUAAUGAAUCAUGCGAUAUAACACGACAAUGAAAUAAGUGCAUCUAUCCUCUUCACUUUUCCAUUUUCCUCUCUCAUUCUUGGGAGUAAAUAAUUUCUUCUUGGCAAGAAAAAAACGAACACAAAAAAAAUGAGGAACACGCCUACUACUCGGAGAUCAUCGGUCCGACGCCGUCUAACACCGGAGCCAGAACCAGCGGUGAAAAAGUUCAUCAAGAUAAUUAAUCUUUCAACUAUCAAGGAAAAUAUGAUGAAAAUUCCGGAGAGAUUUGUAAGAUUAGGUCCCAAACUCACUGACAAUGUGACUCUCGAGACUCCUGUGGGUUUCAAGCGUUCGAUUCGGAUCAAACGGAUUGGUAAUGAGGUCUGGUUUGAGAAAGGUUGGAGUGAGUUUGCUGAGGCUCAUUCUUUGAGUGAAGGUCAUUUUCUGUUCUUUCAUUACAAAGGGAAGUCUAGUUUUAGCGUUGUGAUCUUUGAUGUGACUGCUUCUGAGAUUGAGUAUCCGCUGGACAAAGUUUAUGUCAUUGAGAGUAAUGAUGAUGAUGAUAAAGAAGAAGUGAUGGAAGUUAUGGAUGAUGAUGAUGAACAAGGGUUUGCUGGAUUUGAAAGUAGUGAGAGUGAAGAAGUGAUUGAAUUGGAUGAAUUGUUGAACAAGAAGAAGAGGAAAGAGUCAGCGUUAAGUCUGAGAAAUUUGCAACAUUUUGAUAAUGUUGAAGAGGUUGAUUGAAUGGGGUUAAAGAAGAUAAGAGAGUCAUGGGGAGGUGUAAGAGAAGGUUUUACAAAUUUUGUGAUCCGAACAAAGAUCUCUGCGGUUUCUAGUUAUCGGUUUGGAAGCUUCACUGUAGUAAAAACUUUGGAACAUUUUAAGACCCUUUUUGUGUAAUAUUGUGUGUAGUGGAAAAUGCUUGUCUGAAUCUGGCAGAAGCUUUAGCUUAAUCGUUGUAAGAACUCGGCUAACUUUUGAAAUCCUUUUGUGUAAAAUUACUUGUCAUGCC